AUGGAACAGGCCGUUGAGCUGACUUCUGUUCCUACUAAGCCGAAUACCUUCACCAAUGUGAUACCGCCGUGGAGCUUCCCAGGCAGUUUCGGGGUCUUUGGCGGUACAACCCUGGCGCACUGUCUGAUGGCCGCCCAGAAAAGUAUCUCGAAGAAUUACGUAGCCCACUCUCUUCAUUGCAGUUUCUUGAGCCGCGCAGACCCAUCUCUGCAGAUCGAGUAUCAGGUCGAGAACACGCGAGAUGGGAAGAGUUUCGCGACAAGAACUGUUCGUGCCAUACAGAAAGAAAGUUUGAUCGCGGUGGCAAUUGUCAGCUUUGUGGCUGUUGGUAUCACGGCAGCCGACGCGACAGCCUUCCGUGGCACGAAUAGCUUUGAACACAGCCAUAAAAUCCCGCAAGGUCUAAUUCCACCAGAAAAGGCGUCAAUAGAGGGAGAAGGCAUACCUGGUCCUCUUGAGGUUCGAGGAGGGCAAAGCCUGAACCGUGGGUUUGAUUCUUGCGUACUUUGUGUUUGCUUCACUGACGAAAGCGCGAUAUCAGGAAUAUCUCCCAACCCUGUCCAUUCUCUCAUUCGGUACUGGAUACGUGCAAAAAGACCGAUCCUGAAACACAAUCUUCAUGUUCACCUUGCAGCACUGGCGUGGAUGUCAGAUGCAUACUUUAUCGCCGCCGCGGUUCAUGCUUAUGAUGAGCUGAGCAGACGAUCAGACAAAGAGAUAGCCAAAGUGGCUAGUCUCAGCCAUGUCAUUUACUUCCAUCAACCGGAUGCUGUGCGAGCCGACGAGUGGAUGUGUUCGGAGAGAGAGAGCUCAUGGGCGGGCAAUGAUCGUGCCUUCGUAGCUCAAAGAAUCUGGAAUCGGGAGGGGGUACUAGUAGCGACAUGUGUACAGGAGGGUCUGUUGCGCAUCAGAGAGCCUGCUGCCAAAUCGAAGUUGUGA